AAUGAUCAUGUCCACAGAUAAUCCCACACAGUUGCUGACCACCCGCGAUUUGAGCCAACUGCGUGGCCAUCUGCAAUCCGGCGCAGCGGUGGCCUCCACUUCACCCACAUCCUCCUCUUCUGUGGUGGCAGCGGCGGCGUCAGUGGCUGCCGCCCAUGGAUACCGUACCAUUGCAGCUCCACCAGCAGUCACCUCCUCCUCCGCCUCCUCCGCCUGCAGCACCACAUCAGUAGCAUCAGCAGCAGCACCACCACAUAUAUCAACAAGCAAUAGCAACAUGCCGGCCAGUGCCUCGAAAUAUGUAUUUCUGCAACACAAUCACAAUGGUGGCUUCACCGCCUACGAUGGUUCCACUGCUGCGGCGACAACGACGACGACGGGAAGUCCCGGCGGUGGCAACAUAGUGCUCCUGGCAGCGGAGCCACUGGAAAUGGGCACCGCGGAGACGCUGGUCAAUGUGCGAACCACCGACGGCGAUGAUGGCGAGCUGCGUUCGCUGUCCUGGCUCAACGAUACCAAUCUGAUCAAGGGCAUUGUGACCACCACAACGGCGGCCGGGCAGGCGGGAAAACGUGGUGCAGUGGCCAUUAAGACGACGACGGCGGGAGGAGGAUCAGUAGCAGCUGGAGGAUCAGGAGUUGCUUGCAUAGUGAGCGAUUUCAUAGAAGAGCUGCCCACAAAUCUGAGUGAGAGCAGCGAACAGCAGCAGGAGGUUGGAGUAUCGGCGUCAUCGAGUGGAUCAGCGGCUGUCUACAGCACCACAACGGUGCACAAGGGAGCCAGUGGCACCACCACAGUGGUGGAGUACAAAGCCAGCAAGGCAGCCUCCAAUCAGCAGCAGCAGCAGCAGCAGCAGACGGGCUAUUUGCCCACGCCAACGAGAAGUCAUGGCUAUUUGCCGGUGGUGGUGAGCAGUGCCGCCGUUGCCGUGGCCAAUCCAACUAUACUCUCCUCCUCGCCCGCCAAACAGCAGCAGCAACAGCAACAGAUUUAUGUGACCAGCAAUGGGAAUACAGGAGGAGGAGGAUCAGGAACCAUCUACAAAGCAGCCACGCCGGCUUUAAGUUCGCCAACCACCAGCAACACAACCACCCACCAUCCGCACAAAAAGUAUCUGCGCGAGAAGAUGCACGUCCAGAUGGAUCACAGCAGUCAUGUGGCCUCCACCGUAACGGUGGUCAGCUCGCCGGCCUCCUCGAACAAUUCCUCGAUAAGCAGCUCCAGCCAUGCGGGAUCGGGAACGGGAUCCACAGGAUCGGGAUCCUCGACAGCGGCCGUAAAUGGUGGCAAUAGUCCAGUGCCCAAGGCCAGUAGCUUUAGCACAGUCUUCGAGGCGGUUAACUAUGCCACAUCAGCGGUUAACAAUAGCAAUAGCAAUGGGAAUAUUACGCCCAGCAGCCAGGCGAUGCUCCAUGGAGUCCAGGAGACACCGCAGGCUGUGGUCACCACAACAACCUUGCUGCCGCCGGGCUAUAGCUUUGUCAACCACGUGGCCAGCACGCCGCAUGUCAUAUCCGCCCCAGCACAUGUCAACUCACCGGAGACGCCGACUGGAGCUGCUCUGUUGCCGGGAACUUACUACACCACAGGAAGCACUAGUAACACAUCUACAACCUCCAUUCAGCCACGCACUCUGCAGCUAUCCGUUUCCCCGCCGCCACCAACGAGUCAUGUGCACAAUGGAUCAAUAGGAGGAAAUCCUGCUGGAUCUGGAGCAGUUAACCUGCGCAGUCCCAACAGCUAUACCAGCUAUGACAACGAGGAUUCGCUCAAGGAAUUCGAUCUGGUGGUCAGCUCAAGGAUGCACACAAGCACGCCGCAAUAUUCGGUGGCCAAGAAUGGAGGAGCCAAUGGUUAUAAUAACAGUUCGAACGUGAUUGGAGGUGGAGGCAAUGGAGGAGCAGGUUCCAAUACGCCGCAAAAGCAGAAGCAUCCCAAUAACGUGCCAUACGAUCCGCUAGUGCAUACCAAUAACAAGCCGCCAUAUAGCUUUAGCUCCCUGAUUUUCAUGGCCAUCGAGGGUUCGAAUGAAAAGGCCUUGCCUGUGAAGGAGAUCUACGCGUGGAUUGUUCAGCAUUUUCCGUACUUCAAGACGGCACCGAAUGGCUGGAAGAACAGCGUGCGUCACAAUCUGUCGCUGAACAAGAGCUUCGUGAAAGUGGAGAAGGCGCCGAAUAUGGGCAAGGGUUCGUUGUGGCGCGUGGAGCCGCAACAGCGCCAGAAUCUCAUCCAGGCGCUGAAUCGAUCGCCCUUCUUUCCCAACUCGGCGGUGGACAAGAUCAGUCCCUCGCUCAAGAGUCCCGGCGGUGGAUCGGCCUACGAUAGCGUCGAUGGUGUGGCAUCAGCAGUACCGCCUUCCUCGGUUGUCAGCUCCCAACCAGUUGGAGGUGGAGCAACGGGAGCAGGAGUUCUUCCCGCCGGGGUCGCUGCCGUGGCUCUGUCCUCCACGCCCACGAAAAGCAAUGGUCUGGUGGCGCUGGCCAACGGCGCUAGUCAGGCCACGAGUGCAGCCAGGCCGCACAGUCCCAACGGCGGCGGCAGCGGCAGUCAUGCCCGCUUCGAUCCCAAGCUCUUUCCCAAUCUGUCCAAGGCCUUUCGAAAUAUUCGCGAAGAUUCGGCCAACGGACAGCCGCUGCUGCAAGAUGUCCUCGAUGAUGAGCUGUCCUCUGGGGAUUAUCAGAAUAAUAAUAGCAAGUAUGGCAGCAACUAUGUGGCCUUAAAUGGAGGAGCUGCAACUGCAAAUGGCAGCGGAGGAGGUGCCGCCACAAAUGGAGCUUCCGAUGGCAUUAAUUUCGAGCGUCUGGCCCGCGAUUGCGGAGCGGACAGCAUGGACGAUGUGCAUGCGGCGGCGGCGAUGCUCUUCCUCAAACACGGACCAAAGGCCUUCAGUGAGCCCUUCCAGAAUGGCAGUGCACCGGUGAUAACGAGUUCCCCCAGCGAGGAUCAUACAUAUUCAGCGGGCGGCAACAGCAAUGCGGACAGUGGCUCCUCCACGCCGCUGACCAAUGGCAAUGUUUUGGCCAGCGUGGCGCAGGCCGUCGUCCAGGCCCAGAAUAACCAGGGAGGAGGUCCUGGAUCCGAUAGCAAUUGCGCCAGCUCGGAUGCCGCCUAUGACAGCAGUGAGGAGAAUCACAACAUCACGCCCGAGGAGAUGGCCGAUCGGCAGCGACAUCGCGAUGGCGUGGACGCCCUGCUAUCGCUUUCCCGCUCCUCCAUUGUGGAGUGCGGCUCGGUGGCCACCACUCAUUAUCACAGCAACGGCAGCAGUGGCAGCAGUCACGGUUCCCCGCACAAGCGAGCCUCGAGUCACAGCCUGGAGGAGGAGCACCUGCAGCAGCACAGGGAGCAGCAGCAGCAGCAGCACCAGCAGCAACAUCUUCAGCAGCAGCAGCAACAGCAACACCUCCAUCAGCAAUUUGGCAGCAGUCAGGCGGUCUACACCAAUGGCAGUGGCAGCAAGAUGGCUCUAUUGAGCAGUGCAGCUGCCAAUGUGGCUCUGGCCCAACAGCAACAGCAACAGCAGAUUCACCAGCAGGAUCUAUACACCAACUCGGCGGCCGGGCAUAAUGCCAGCAUAUAUCUGAGUGGGCUGAACAAUCACUGCCUUCCCUCGGUGGGCGGUGUGAGCUCGGCGGUGGCGGUGGGCGUGGCGGCGGCGGGCAUGUUGCCGCAGCAUUUGAGUGCUGCCAUGGUGGCGGCGGCGGCGGCAAGCAAAAAUAAGGUGAAACCCUUGAGGGGACUGCGCACCAAGAUCAAGCGAAAGUCCGCCUGGAUGCGGUGAAUAUGGCGGCAGGCUGGCGGCAAAUGCACCUAAA